AUGGAUGAUUUUGCGGCAGAGUUAAUGGCCGCCGGCCGCGAUGAAUCACCGGAGCGACCGCCGGAGCGAAAGGCACCUUCAGAACUGGAUCCAUCGACGGCGUCGCCUCAGCGAUCCGGCUUGCGAAGCGGCCUUGCGGCCCUCCGAGAGAAGGCGAACAUCCAAGAUCGCCUAGUAGAAAAACUCCUCCAACAAGUCAUCCCGGAUGAAGACAGCCAUGGCGCCGAGGUCUCCAUAUCGGCAGACGAUGGGGCAUUCCCGCAGCGGCCUGGCUUCAACCUCACCACCAUGUCCAACAACUUUCGGCGAUUCAAUGCCCGUAUUGGCGUAGUCUUCAAGUUCCAGGCUCGAAUGACGCGUAUCCUGUCCUGGCGCAAGCCCUCCCACACGUUGUCUCUACUCGCCACCUACACCUUCGUCUGUCUCGACCCGUAUCUCCUCUGUGUCCUGCCAAUCGUGGGAAUCCUCCUAGGAGCCUUCAUCCCGGGAUUCCUCGCACGGCAUCCGGCGCCACCAAAGGGCACUCUGUCGAGCGAGCAGAGCAUGGGCUAUUCUCCAAGGGGACCUCCACUGGCACCGGCAGCGACGGUUCGGCCCGCUAAAGAGCUGAGCAAAGACUUCUUCCGAAACAUGGGCGAUUUGCAGAACUGCAUGGAUGACUUCUCGCAGGGGCACGACAUGGUGGUGGCGCUGCUUGUGCCCAUUAGCAAUUUCAGCAACGAGGCGCUCUCCUCGGCCGUGUUUCUCUUCCUCUUCGCUGCAGGCGUCUUCAUGACUAUCGCUGCGCACAUGAUCCCGUGGAGAUUUGUGUUCCUCGUAGGUGGAUGGGCCGCCAUCGUCUCUGGACACCCUGCAGUCGCUCGUCUGCUAGCCGCCACGCGUGAGGAGCACAUCCAACCGAGAGAAGAGAAGGCAAAGACGUGGAUGGACGACUGGAUCGCAACCGACGUCAUCCUCGACUCGGCUCCGGAGACGCGCGAGGUGGAAAUAUUUGAGUUGCAAAAGGAUUCUGGGGCAGGCGAGUGGGAGGCCUGGCUCUUCUGCCCGUCGCCGUACGAUCCCCUGUCGCAGCCUCGCAUCGCUGGCGAGCGGCCGCGUGGCACGCGCUUCUUCGAGGACGUGAUGCCGCCGGAAGGCUGGGAGUGGAGUGAGAAGAAGUGGGCUCUGGAUCUCUGGAGCAGAGACUGGGUUGAGGAGCGCAUCAUCACGGGGGUCGAGGUCGAGACGGAAGGGGAGCGGUGGGUGUACGAUAUUUACAACGAGCGUGAGGAGCGCACUGGCGUCGUCGACCAGCCCGAACAGGCGAGCGGCCGAGCAGGGGCGAUGCCGCAUAUGAGCUGGGAAGAGGGCGAGGAUGGCACGGGCAAGAAGGGGAAAUGGAGGCGGAGGCGGUGGGUGAGGCUGGUGAAGAGAAAGGUUUCUGUGGCUGUUUCCGGAUCACAAUAG